GUGUGCUACACUAUCCAAUUCAAAAACUUACAAUUUUCUUUCUGUGUUUUUAGUGUACUGCAUAAUCAUUACACAGUCCAUGAGCAGUUUUUAGAUCAACUAAAAAGCAGUUCAAUUUUAGGCAGGAACGUAAUGAGACCAUGGCAAUCUGCUUCGUGGAGGCCAUUCCAAUUGGCGCUCUUCUGUGUCCUAAUUACACUACUCUGUGUCUUCGAUUGCCAUGGAGUGGAGGUGUCAGCACCAACCAGGAAAUCUGCUCUUCUGCGAAUUACCAAGCCGCAACCAACGACACAGCAGCCGAGGCCAAUCCGCAGCAGCACAUCAAAGGCAAACAGCACCGAAUCACCCACAACUGAUGAGACAGCCAGCUCGAGUCCGGGUGACGGCCAAUUGGCCCCAUUUAUCGCAUCCACAACGGAGGGGAGCAGCAGCAGCAGUGGCAGUCUGAGUAAUGGGGGGAGCAGUGGCACAACACCCAGCUUACUGCCAGAGAUAUGCCUUAAUGGACUGCACUUGACAAUCAACAGUCCGGACGAGGGAAUCCUCACACGAACGCAAGAUGAAUUCGUGCAGAUUAUAGAGGGCGAUGUGAUGCUUAGUGUUUUGACCAAAGAUACCAUUUCGGCGCUCUUUGUGGUCAAUCGAGUGAACCAAGCGAAUCUCAUAAAUGCAGAUUUUGAAAUAGGACUUCGUGCCAUCAAUAUUGACAACGACAGCCUGGCCGAAAGCAUUCUCCUGCAGGAGGUUCAAUAUCUGCAGCAGUGCAUCCAGUACUCCAUGGGCAUAUUCACGGACUAUGAGUUGUACAAGCAACUGGAGUCAAUCAUCAAAGAUCUGGAGUACAACAUAUGGCCCAUACCAGACACUCAUGCCUUUCUUUUCCCCAAGGUGGCACAUUUGUUGCAUCAAAUGCCGUGGGGUGAGAAAAUUGCAUCCGUUGAGAUUGCCAGCGAAAAUCUGGACAUGUACAAUGAGUUUAUGGAAGCCGCCCGCCAGGAACACAUGUGUCUGAUGCAUUUUAAGAGCGACGACAACGUCUACAUUUUGUUUGGCAACAAGAUGGCCAGUCAUUUCAAAGAGAACGGUACCCUCUUUGCGGUGCCCACCGGUCGUACCGAUAUUGAGUUUUUGGCAGAUCUUCCCAACGGAGCCUUUAUCCUUAUGGAAAACGAAAUCGACUUGGGCACCACCAGCGAACUGGAUCCUACUCCCACCACCCUGGAUGAGGUGCUGAUUGGGAAGAGUGUGCUACCCUCGCGAGUGCUUAGCUUUGCCAAUCCAUUGGUGGACUUGAUACACUGGCUGCGUGGCUCUUUGGACAAGCACUGCAAAGGGGAUGGGGAAAUGUAUGUACUGGAGAGUUGCUUUAAUUUCCUCAACUUCAUCGAGGACUGGCGCACGUCCGAGUACCGUCAGGCGCACAAGACGGCAGAGAUUCUGUCGCUGCUGCUUAUGCGUAAGCUUACCACGGCCAUGAAUUUCCAGAUGUACCAGAAGAAGGUGCAAACGCUCGACAAGAUUACGGGGGAAAGUCGCACGGAGUUGCGAGAGAUUGCCUCGCAAAAUGUAGUGAGUAAUGUGACGACCUACUACCACUACAAUCGCGACAACAGCACCAGCCUUGAGCUGAAGACCAAGUUCGGACAAGUGUUCAAUUGUCAGUAUAGUGCAGGGGACAACCGACGAUAUCCUUUCCUCUUUGACGGCGAAUCGGUCAUGUUCUGGCGCAUCAAAGUGGACACAUGGGUGGCAACGGGACUGACGGCCGCCAUCCUAGGCCUGAUAGCCACGCUGGCCAUCUUAGUGUUCAUUGUGGUGCGUAUUUCGGUGGGCGAUGUCUUCGAGGGAAAUCCCGUCACCUCGAUCUUACUGCUACUCUCGCUGAUCCUGGUAUUCUGCUCGUUUGUGCCCUUCUCCAUUGAGUAUGUGGGCGAGCAGCGCAACUCCCACGUGACCUUAGAGGAUGCUCAGACCCUCAACACGCUGUGUGCGGUGCGGGUGUUUAUCAUGUCCCUGGUCUACUGCUUUGUGUUUUCGCUGCUUCUGUGCAGGGCCCUAAUGCUGGCCUCCAUUGGUUCUGAGGGCGGCUUCCUAUCCCACGUAAACGGCUACAUCCAGGCUGUGAUUUGUGCCUUCAGUGUCUUCGUUCAGCUGGGAAUGUCUGUACAGCUGCUGGUCGUAAUGCAUGUUGCCUCCGAGGCGGUAUCUUGCGAGAAUCUAUACUAUGGACACUGGCUGUGGGGCUUGUUGUCCUACGACUUUUUGCUGCUCUGCUGUGUGGCUGCGCUGAUACCCUCAAUAUAUCGAUCGCAGCGCAACUAUCGCGAGGGAAUACUCAUUGUCAUUGGAGCAGUGCUUGUUCUGGUCAUUUGGAUCGCUUGGAUUUUACUCUCCCUGUUUGGCGAUGAGUGGCGGGAUGCAGCCAUUCCGCUGGGACUACAGGCCUCGGGCUGGGCCGUGCUGGUGGGCAUUCUGAUACCACGCUCCUUCCUCAUUGUGCGGGGAAUUGAACGCUCGGACAUUGCUCAGGCUCUACCGUCUCUCACAUCGCUGGCAUUUGCCCAAAACAAUCAGUACUCCUCAGAACAGAGCGUCUAUGAGUGCGUGAAUCCCGCAAUGCGUCACUGUUCGCAGGAGGAGAUGAACCAUCAGUCGCCCAGCGAGAUACCCACGUUACCCCUACGCGGCGGCGGCCCACGCCGACAGCAGUUCUUUGCCAAUCUACGUCAGGCCAAUGCCAACAUUAAUCCCCAACGUUCGCCACCACGACCACAGCAUAGUCCUUCACGAUCAUCCGUGUCCUCGCUACCUGCUUCGCCGGAGAACAACAAGAAUACACGGUUUUAGAUACGCUGUACGAGCAUCGCUUUUGUGUGCCUUCGUUUGGGUAUAAAGCACUUCUAGUCAAAGCUCUGUGAACAUAAACUCAGUUUUUGUAACAGUCUUUAAUGUGAAAUCAAUGACGAACCAAGAUUUUAACAGAGAAUAAAUAAAAUAUAUUAAUGAAAACAUA